AUGAUCACUGAUAACGAUGAAUUGAAGGACUUCAAGCUGAGGCCAAUGAAAUGCGAAUGUAACUAUCUCAAUAGAUCCGAUGGAUCGGCAAUUUUGUCGCAAGGUCAAACAGUAGCUGUAGUGAGUGUGAAUGGACCGCUGGACAUAAAGAUGCAAAGUCAAAGCAUAGGGAAAGCUACACUGGAGGUCUUAUUCAGUAGCAAAGGUGGAAAACCUUCAAUUGGAGAUAGAUACAAAGAGCAUGUGAUAAGACAGACAUGUGAAUCAGCCAUCUUGGGUUGCUUAUACCCUCGCACUGGUAUCACAGUUACUAUACAGGAAUUAGAAGAUUAUGGUGGGUUUUUAGCCUGCUGCCUCAAUGCUUGCUGCCUAGCCUUAUUAAACGCUGGUCUAGCCAUGAGGCACACGUUUGCGGCGGUGAGCUGCGCUAUAGACGAGCAGGGGAACAUUCAACUGGACCCGGCGCCUGCGCAACUCGAAACAUCGAGAGCAACUAUGACAUUUGUGUUUGAGAGUCGGGAUAAGAGUUUAGUUACUGCUUUCACGGACGGCAGUUACAGUGACUCCGCGUACAGUGAAGCGAUGGAACGCUGCCGCUCCACCAGUGACCUCGUAUUCCAAUUCUACAAACAGAUUGUGUCCAAGUAUUCUUAUGUUAUAGGAUAG